GCUCGCCUCCUCUCCUCCCCACCUGGCCCGCCCUCUCCCCGCCAGUCCUUCAGCUGCCACACCGAUUGCUCUGGGGGCUUUGUUUAAAAAAAUAUAUGCAUCUCCAGCCGGACCCCAGGCGCUUUCUUCCUGAGUUGGGAGCAUAUCCCCUGGCCAUGGCUGCUUACCGGAGCUGCCUACCCCCCGGGGCACCCCGGCCUGGGGUAGCCCGCCAUCCCAACCCGCUUUAAGGCUGGAUUUGGGGGGGGCACAGACAGGGGAGCGCACGGAGCAAGGGGCAGGCUCAGAGGGGCAGCCCCAACUCUCUGAGCCUCACUCCCCCUGCUAACCUGCAGCGAUGGAGUCCCCGACCAAGGAGAUUGAAGAAUUUGAGAGCAACUCUCUGAAAUACUUGCAGCCGGAACAGAUCGAGAAAAUCUGGCUCCGGCUCCGAGGGCUGAGGAAAUAUAAGAAAACAUCCCAGAGGUUACGGUCUUUGGUCAAACAAUUAGAGAGAGGCGAGGCUUCAGUGGUAGAUCUUAAGAAGAAUUUGGAAUAUGCAGCUACAGUGCUUGAGUCUGUAUACAUCGAUGAAACCAGGCGGCUCCUGGAUACGGAGGAUGAGCUCAGUGACAUCCAGUCGGAUGCGGUGCCUUCUGAGGUCCGAGACUGGCUGGCCUCCACCUUCACGCGGCAGAUGGGGAUGAUGCUCAGGCGGAGCGAUGAGAAGCCGCGGUUCAAGAGCAUCGUGCACGCAGUGCAGGCUGGGAUAUUCGUGGAGAGAAUGUAUAGACGUACAUCAAACAUGGUUGGACUGAGCUACCCAGCAGUGGUUAUAGAAGCAUUAAAGGAUGUGGACAGGUGGUCCUUCGAUGUCUUCUCUCUCAACGAAGCCAGCGGGGACCAUGCACUGAAAUUCAUUUUCUAUGAAUUACUCACACGCUACGAUUUGAUCAGCCGCUUCAAGAUCCCCAUUUCUGCGCUCGUCUCAUUUGUGGAGGCCCUGGAAGUGGGAUACAGCAAGCAUAAAAAUCCUUACCACAAUUUAGUGCAUGCUGCGGAUGUCACACAGACAGUGCACUACCUCCUCUAUAAGACAGGAGUCGCUAACUGGCUGACGGAGCUGGAGAUUUUCGCUAUCAUCUUCUCAGCUGCCAUCCAUGACUAUGAGCACACAGGAACCACCAACAACUUCCACAUCCAGACCCGGUCUGACCCAGCUAUUCUGUACAACGAUAAGUCUGUAUUGGAAAACCAUCACUUAAGUGCAGUUUAUCGCCUUCUGCAAGAGGAUGAGGAAAUGAAUAUUUUGAUCAACCUCUCCAAGGAUGACUGGAGGGAAUUUCGGACCUUGGUAAUUGAGAUGGUGAUGGCCACGGAUAUGUCCUGUCAUUUCCAACAGAUCAAGGCGAUGAAAACUGCUCUGCAGCAGCCAGAAGCGAUUGAAAAGCCAAAAGCAUUGUCCCUGAUGCUGCACACAGCAGACAUCAGCCAUCCAGCGAAGGAGUGGGAGCUCCAUCAUCGCUGGACGAUGUCACUGCUGGAGGAAUUCUUCAGACAGGGGGACAGAGAAGCAGAGUUGGGGCUGCCUUUUUCUCCUCUGUGUGACCGGAAGUCGACCAUGGUUGCUCAGUCGCAAGUAGGUUUUAUCGAUUUCAUCGUGGAGCCCACCUUCACGGUGCUCACGGACAUGACUGAGAAGAUCGUGAAUCCGCUCAUUGAGGAGACCUCCCAGGCUGGUGGGUCAGGGCAGCGGCGAUCAAGUUUGAACAGCCUCAGUUCGGCAGAUGCAAAGCGAUCGGGGGUUAAGAGCGCAGGCUCAGAAGGAAGUGCCCCAGUCAACAAUUCCGUCAUCCCUAUGGAGUACAAGAGUUUCAAAGCCACUUGGACUGAGGUCGUGCACGUCAAUCGGGAGCGGUGGAGGGCCAAGGUGCCCAAAGAAGAGAAGGCCAAGAAGGAAGCCGAGGAGAAGGCUCGCCUGGCUGCGGAGGAAAAGCAGAAGGAGAUGGAAGCCCAAAGCCAGGCAGAAGGCGCGGCCGGCCAGGCGGACAAAAACACACCCGGGGAAGCUCAGAGUCAAGUCAACGGAACGCGCCCCAACAAGAGCCACAACGCUCGUGGGAAAAACGCCAAAGAGAAGCUGUCAGGAGACAAGCAGCAGAACGGUGACUUGAAAGAUGGUAAAAAUAAGGCUGACAAGAAGGAUCAAUCCACUGUCGGAAAUGACUCAAAGAAAGCAGAUGAUUCAGAAGAGUAAAAAAACACCUCCCAGACAAUGAGAGAGGCUGCCAAUGUCUUGCGUCAUUUUAGCUGAGCUUCUUCAUUCUCCUUCUUCUCCUUCCACAAAGCUGGGGAUGGCGUGCAACUUUCAAAAACAAGGCCCCCCGCCCUUGGCCUUGUCUCAUGCCAUCUCCUCCCGCAUGACUGGCUGGGAGCUGGCUUGGGGGCCUUAGAACUCUGGGGGAUGGUCCCUACCCCCCAACCCCCAGAAAACAAAACAACUUGAGAUUUUGCACAAACAGAACCAAAACAUGAAGGACUUCCUCAGAAUCCUUUGCUAAUGCCCUGCUUUCAAGGCACUCGUCUGGCCUGAUGACAGUGGACAUCAUGGAGAUGCUGAGAAAGGCCUGAAAAGGCCACGCAGACAGCAGUUGCCAUUUUAUUACUGCCCAUGCCGUUGCUCUGUGUCGUGAUUUUUGCACGGGCUGCCGAUGGUGGAGACAGCUGGGCGGGCUUCCCUCCCAGCCUCUGGUUUCCCCUUUCCGGAGCCAGAAACAUUCUUUUCUUUUCUUUUUUUUUCCCACCAGGUUCCCUUCAGACUUAAAAAAAAUUGUUCUUAGGCUUUUCUUUCCAUCUAUAUACUAUGAGAUUCCUUUUGUUUUUAUAAAAAUGAUGUUUCCUAUAGCAACCUUUGAUGCUUAAUUUACCUGUGCUUUCAUUCAUAAGAACCUGAAUGUUUCUGCUGACGACCAUGCUGUUCAGUGGUUUCACAGGGUAGCAUCGUGACUAAGUGGUUAUUGACAAUGUGACCACUGGUGGAUCCUCUUCUUUUGGCAAUCUGUGGUUUGACUUAAUUGCUCUUUUGUCUGUUCCAGGAAGUGCUGGGGGCCUUUGCAGCAGGGAGAUGUGGCAAAGAAUUCUGUUCAUUUUAGUGAGCCUUUAGAGGUACCUACUAGGAGAUGAUUCACAGCACAAAUCAGGAAUAAGGCGUAGCCUGGAAAGAGAAUCAAAACACAGGCCCCUGAAACCAAGUCAGACGAGACCCAGUGGAGUGCUGGGAAAGCAAUUUUAUGGGCCUAGAUGGUGUGAUUUGGAUGAAACUGAUUCUAAAGACACGGUUGUGGUUCACAAAGGAAUAUGUGAGUCCCUCCCAAGGGGAAUCGCAUGGAUCCGUGUGAACGAGUGGGAUUUGUAAUGGGAAGAGAGGGCUCUAUGCUACACCCGAGGGCGUUGCCCGCACAUUUUAUUUCUACAUUUAGAAAAGCACAAAAACAAACAUUUAAAAAUCCGCUCACAACUAAGGCAAAAUGUUGGCAUUUCUUCAGAAGGGAAUAGAGAGAGUAUGUUUGUCAUCUGCAACGCCUUUGCCUCGCUGAGCCGCCAACCGCCCCCCCCCCCCCCCCCAAAGGCCUGAAGAACUGCGCAUGCCUAUGGCGCACUGGUACUGGAACAGGGUUCUUCAUUUUGCCCGGGAAUCACACACAUUUUUUUGAGCCUCCCCCUGCUUUUCCCAACAGUGACCACAGUAAACAAGGUGGUCACAAAUUCAGCCACAGCCAUAGCAGUUCUGGUAAGUGAGGAAAGCAAGGCAGAGCUCUCAGAGUUAUUGUGAUAACUGGCAAUUCAUAAUGGGCUUUGGUGUUUAGGAAGGCAGUGAAGAGUGGCAGGGAGAGGGAGGAGUUAAGAGUCCUGGCUCAGGGGACAGUUACUAGUCAGCUAUGGGAAUGCUUAGGAAUCAGAGUCCUUUAAAAGUAUGUUGUUAUUGAUUUUAGAGAGAGAAGAAGGGAGAGGGAUAAAGAGAUAGAAAUAUUGAUGAGAGAGAAACAUCGAUGGGCUGUCUCCUACAGGGAUGGAGCCCACAACCCUGGCAUGUGCCGUGACCAGGAAUUGAACCAAUCAUCUUUUGGUUCGUGGUUCGAUGCUCAACCACUGAGCCACACUAGUGGGCAGGAAUGAGGAUCUUGAUAAAUAACAAAGAUUUUAUAGGAACCCUCUCCAAAAUUUUAAACAUUGGCUACUAAUUCAGAAACUUACAGACACUGUGCUGGUCAGAGAAAAUGUGCCUAUGACCUGCAUUCAAUCUGUGGGACAUCAGUUUGCACAUAGUGGUCUUAGAGAUGUUCUGGUCUGGUACAGGGAUGGACUACAUCCAGUACUUGACUUUGGAACCUGACCUUUUACCUCAAAUUGAUUCCAUAUUUUUGUAUGCUGGGCUUUGCAGCCAGUCCUAAUAGAAAGCCUACAGCUUCCCUUUUAUACUCUAACGAGCAAGACUAAACACUAUUAAAAAAAAAAAAAGUCAGGAAUAUAGCCAUUUCUUUUCUAGCACCAAUAGAAUGAAAAUAUACUUCAUUUGCUUUAAGUCAUUCAUUAGCUGAAAAAGGAAUGGGAAUAGAAUUUCAUUCAGUAUAGACUCUGCUUGGAACUCUCUGUGUGGGAAAAUAAAAGCUCCAUGUAACUUUUACUUAUAUAUUCUUUUAAAAACUGUUUUGAAAGGACAUUGAGUAAAGAUGCAGAAUGAUCUAUUUUUUUUUGAAAACAUAAAACAAUGUGUUAUUAUGCUAUGAAUUGAUACUGGAGCAGAUAAAACAUUAAAAUAAUGAUUCCAAGCCCGUAUUGACUGGAUUAACAACU